CUGCUGAAGAUGGGGCCUAUUAAAGCGCGAGGUACAGAGUAUGUUGGGCACAUCUUUCCCUUGCCCGGAAACUACGGAGUAACCAGACGGCAUGUUUUUGAUCCCGUACAGUUCUCACCAAGGUACCGGACUCGUCAGUCUCCAAUGAGGGUCCAGAUUCAUGCCAGCGGAAAAAGGCUGAGCAACCAACUUUCCUUGAUUGAACGCAUACUUGUUACUGUACAGUUUGGUGUGGGAGGGGCGAGAUCUUGGCAGGCCGUGGGUAACCUUCGCCACCCGACGCACACGGCCAAACGGAGGGCCUGCCAGCUUAAUUGGGCAACAUAUACGAACAGUCCGUGGUCCGCACGGCGGGCGGCCAUCUCAUACCUCGCUCGCUUCAUCUCCAGCCUGCCAGGAACGAGCCAUUCCCGGCUUGGGCAUCCUAUCCAGUUCUGCCCACCAUCAAUCAUGAGUGCACAUCCCUACCAUAGACACCCCGACCCUCGCGGCCGCGAGCUCAGCAGGAGGCCGUCGGCUUCCGACGAAGACUCGUUCUUUUCCGAAUCGUCAAGCAUAGUGGAGAAGCACAACCACCACCGGCCUCGAUCGCACCAUCGCGACCCGCCGCGGGGCCGUCGCACAGAAUCGUCUCGCCACCGCAAAGGCGACGACGAAGACUACCUGCCCCACCACCAUGAUCGCCAUCACAAUGACGACCGCCGCGGCAGCCCCGACAGUGAUUCUGGAGCCGUCGUACGGCGGGAGGAGGUCUAUACCGUCCAGCACAUCCCCCGCGACUCAUCGGUAGCCUCGUCAACGGCGCGGACCUGCGUCUACGACCAUCGAGAUCCGCGGGAUCGCUACCGUCGCUCCAGGCGCUACUAUCGUGAUUAUGACGACGACAGGUCGCCGCCGGAUGAAAAGCGGCACCAGCGCGAGCGCAACAGGUUCGAUCCGCGCGUCAUCCUGGCAACGCUACUGUUUGCUGCCACUGCUGCUCUGUGCUACAAGGAGAUAAGUAGUGGGGGUAAAAAGCGUGGUGGUGGAAGGAGGACGCAUGGCGGUCGUGCUGGUUAA